UGUUUGUAACCUCUCCAGAAUUCUGUAAUAAAACCGUUUGUUUCACUUCAGUCUGAUCUACUCGUCUCAUUUGUUUUGCAUCAACAAACACGCAGGACUGGUUUCGUCCACAAUAAUCAAAUGGAAAUUCUAGGGGUGGAGUCCACAUGGAUGUUAGACACCGCAAGCAACUUUCUCUUUCUUUAUUCAUGUGUAGAUCUCACUGUAAAACCACGGAGACAAUGGGAUUGCAGUAUUUGAUAUCACUGAUAUUCCUGGCUCAGCCUUUUCUUAUUCAGUCCGGUUUUCAACAGCAUCAGUCAAUACUUUGUGAUUAUGAAACCAAUGAAACAACAAUAGCAUGCCUUCAGGACGAUUCUUGCAGUUGGAAAGUUGACUUACUGACAUGUUCGACCUUACAAAUGUACUGCAUUGAAAAUGAUGUACUAAGAGCUGAGAGCUUCUGCAGCUCAAGUAAAGACUGUGGAUUCCAAGAAACGUUUCCAGACUAUUUAAAUGGUCUUUUAAACUGCAAAGUCACUAAAGUUAACAAUAAAUAUGGAAUUGAAUGUGUACUUGACGUGGCAUGUGGAAAUGAAAAGCAUGUCUGUGCGACUCCAAAAGCAUGCCACUGGAAUCCCAGUCAACAAUUUAUGGAUAUCAAUGAUGCAAGAUGUACUCUUAAGCAUGAUGUAAGCCAAUGUAUCAAAGCACACCCAAAAUGGAACUUGACGGAACAACUAAACUGCACAAUAACGCCUGCAGAGCAGAACAAUGGGUCAGAGAUUAGAGGUUACAGCCGUAUGGAAAAGGAUCAAUCAUGUGAUAACACAACAACAGACACACUAAAUCCUGGAUGUAUCUCAAGCAUCGCAAUCAAUGGGAUAUUAUUACUUGCUAUGUUUGUAGUGAUCUGCAUAAAACUCAAGAGAGCACAGAACAAUCAAAAUCAACCCCCUGGAGCAACUCAGCUUGAAGAGCUUCAAACUCUGCAGGGAGGUCAGAGCAACAGUACCCAAGCGAGAUCUGAUGUCUGAUCAGAGAUACAAAUUCAAAGAUAAACUGCAUUCCUUACUGUUUUGACAAAUGUGAAAUCUUUCCCUGAGAGUUCCAGAUAGAGUAGACCAGGUGUCACCACAUGUGAAGCUUGCAUGUAGAAAGUGACACUCUGCUCAUAAUAUUCUGUUCCCUGCCUUUUUUUUUGUUUUUCAGUAGUAAAAAAAAAUGGUUCAUAAAUAAAAACACAGCAUCGCCAACACUAAAUGGUAAAAUCACCACUGCAAAUGACUAGUUUUUUUUUAACAGCAAACUGCUAUUAUGCAAGAUAUAAUUUAUCUUUCAAUCAUAUAAAAUGAAAUUGAAAUGAGAUUUAUUCAUGCAUGUCUGUCUACUGAUUAAUGAUAUAUUGUGAUUCCGUGUCUUAUUCCUCCUUUUGUCUUGAUGAGGUUGUUUUAUGUCUUGUUUAAGGUGUGAUUGUGACUUCAUUUUAAUUUGUGAUUAUCAAAUGAAUAAAGUUCAAGUAAAUUAUU